UCACCCUACAUGAACCUCGUGGUUGCACGCGGCUUCUGUCGGCAGGCACGGCGGGGCGCCUAGCGAGCGAGCUCCCCACCGGCCGUCGACUGCCAUGUCAGAGCCCGGCGAGAGCGGCGCCCGUCGGCGGCAGCGCAGGAGGUGGCGCCUGUACUGGUGCUACGUGUGCCGCCGCGCGCUGCGCACCGUGUCGUCCCCGACCUCCGACGUCUUCUGCCCGCGCUGCCUCGGCCGCUUCCUCCACGAGAUCGAGCUCCCCGUGCCGCGCGAGCCCGUGCACGCGCCCACCGAGCGGCUCUUCCAGCCGCCGCCGCUGUUCCCGUACGAGGGCGCCCCCCGCCACUGGGUCAUAUACAGGGGCGAGGACGACGACGCGGCCGACGCGCCAGGCCCACGUAUCCGCCGGGUCCCGUCCCCUCCGCCGGCGCCGGGGACGCACGGCGGCAUGGACGGUGCCGGUCCCGGUCCACCGGCAACCGGCAUCGACCCGGCGGGCUUCUUCACCGGCCCCAACCUGAACGCGCUCAUCGAGGGUCUGACGCAGAACGACCGCCCCGGCCCGCCGCCCGCGCCGGCGUCGGCGAUCGACUCGCUCCCGACGGUGCACGUCUCGCCGGAGCACAUGGCGGACGGCUCGCAGUGCCCCGUGUGCAAGGAUGAGUUCGAGCUGGGCGAGACCGCGCGCGAGCUGCCGUGCAAGCACGCGUACCACUCCGACUGCAUCGUGCCGUGGCUCCAGCUCCACAACUCCUGCCCUGUCUGCCGGCAGGAGCUGCCGAUGCCGGCCGGUGAUGAAUCUCCCGAUGGCGCGGGCGCAGGCGACGGAGGCGAGGAGACGGUCCCGCCGUGGCAGCUGCUUGCCGGCUGGGGGCCACUGGCUUGGCUGCUAACGCUGGGGGAACCGGACGUGGGCGGCUGGGGUAAUGGACCUGGGCGGCGUGGGACGGAAGCCGACGCCGAUGACACCGGCGGCAAUGUCAGUCGUGGCGCCACGAUUCUUCAGUCGUUUGUUCUCGUCGCUGCUUGCUUUUUCGUUGUCUCCUUUCUCGUUUGAGAAAUGGCACAUUGGAGACUGUCACGUGUGCAUGUCAUUAUUCCGAAAAGAAAAACCAAGUUUCAUGUGCAGCUUGAUCAGACAAAAAAUUAUGUACAGAGCUAAACCUUCAGUGAUUCAAUUUCA